GGCGAGAAACGCGUGCCUCUGUGCGAGUCGGGGUGACCGAGGUGUCGACCUCACCCCCGAUCACACCGCCAACCAGGUUGGAUAAUGUGGGCGCCUCUGCUUUUGGCCGGGUUCUUAAGCGGCUGGUGGGGCGCACUCGCGCUCGCUGCGGCACCCCCCGCCAUUCGGGACACCCUCGAGAAGACGUCCGGGUUGACGACGAGCGUCAUCGAGGCGAGGCGUUAUCGUCCACUGAUAAGCGUAGUGGACGAGGCCAACGUUGGCGAAAUUACGGGGUAUCAGUCGCGAGAAAUUCCAGAAUACCUGAAACACUCCGAAGUUCAUUCUGCUCACCGCGACCUUGACGAGAUCUCGCCGAUUGAUUUGAGCCUGGUGCGUUUCGAAGAAGAUCCCUUGCGAGAUGGAGAACAAUUUUUGGGGAACGACGUACGACAGAUCUCGUAUUACUUCACGACACGUGGAGCAACGUCGCCCGAGGUGGAUCCUGGAACUCGGCAGAUUACGCCGAGUCUCAAGCGAACAGAGAACCUCGCGAAGGACACCCUUUCCAUUGAGACGGAGACGCGCGUUCACGCCUUUCACCCAGAAGUAAACGAGUCUGGUCUGAUUCGCGCACCCCGUCACUCCUCAACGCAGGCACCCCUUAUAUAUUCGCCGGUUAUGAUACCGAUGCCGGCGGAAUCGUCAAUGCAGCGGCCGCGGGUCGCCAGAUCAGCGAAGCAACGACCAAAGAACCGCACGAGGGCGGACUCGCCACGCGAACAGCGACGUCGUUGCAGGAACAAGGAUAGAGGUUGCCGCGGUCAGAAUUGGUGUCCCGAUGUUGAUGUGGGCAAUCGGGCUUUCCUGGCUCCCACUGUGUUCGAGGGGAAGGCUCGCAGCAUGUCCUCGCGGAGGAAACCCGGCUUAAACUACGCGGUGACCUUCGAGGUAAAACAGGUAUACAAGAGCCAGCCGGGAUUUCAGCCGCUGCAGAAGAACGACAGCGUGCGACUACAUUUCCGCGACAAAUCGGUGCCUGGCAAGUCGACCGUUUGCAACGGCCACGAGAUGGGCAAUAAGCAGCAGCAGCAGCAGCAGCAGCAACAGCAGCAACAGCAGCAGCAGCAGCAGCAGCAGAAGCAGCAGCAACAGCAGCAGCAACAACAGCAGCAGCAGCGCGAUAAUCCAAGUGGUGUGGUGCGAGCCAAUAUUAAAAGGGGCAAAGUGUAUCUAGUGUUUGUGAAUCGCGUGGGACCCAGAAACUUCACGAUCCUCGGCGAGCCGGUGAUCCGAAACAAGAAGAACGAACAGGUCGUCCAAGCUGUCGUUCGACCGGAUUACGUGCGAGAAGUUACGUUGUCCGAACUCAGGGACUCGAUAGCGAGGUUACGGGAGAGAGUGAAGCUAGUAUGCAGAACGAGGGGCUCGCCACCCCCAAGAGUGCAUUGGCUAAAGGACGGUGUACCGCUGCACCCCCGAAGAGGCCUCAGGAUUCAGCACAAACGGCGGAGAUCGAAAGUCGUGAUAUCUUCCGCGAAGCCUGAGGACAGUGGCAGAUACGAAUGCGUGGCUGAGAGUACUUCCGGUCAUCGGGCCUCACUCGCGGCCGAACUUCUAGUCGCUCAUGAUAUCAGAAUUCCGGAAACAA